CUGAUUUUCAGGACGUUGACUAGCAAAAUUUUCAACCCAUUUGACUCGGAUGAUGGUAGUACUCUCAUUACGAAAUCCAAACAAAAGAAAACGUUGAAAAAGUCUUGUGAAGAUAGUAAUAUUAAGAAGAGAAAAGUCGUUCUGGAUUCAGAUAGCGAAUCGGAAGCUGAGUCUAUAAAAAAGAAAAGACUUAAGAGGUCUUCGUUUGCAUUUGAUUUAGAGGGAGAUAACGAGUUGCAAGAACCCAUUAGAGCGGCGGCGCUGAGAAGUUUUUUAUCGCGGCGUGCUGGUUCGGGCUACACGCUGCAGAGGGCAGAUUCUGCAAAGACGGGCGACUACUAUGUAGAGCUGCGUGUGUACAACACGAAAGAAGCCGAAAAGCUUGGCUCCGAUCGGUGGAAGCGCUCGCUCGUCACUCUGAAAUCUGCUGUAGAAGACAACAGCCUUACGUGGAAAGCUGUGACAAAGUUAGUAGCAGCGGCAAAGGAUGAGUACGCUGCUAUGCAGCCAAUUUUAUACCCUGUUAAUGUUUUCUAA